AUGCAUGUUCAUAAAAUCUUAAAACGUAAGGUACAAUGGAAAGUGUUGUGUUUUUCUAGUCAGUUUAAACAUGCAACAAAAUGAUUCCGAUGUUCCGAAAAUUUCCCUUUGCCAGGCAUGUAUGAUGUAUUAAACAAAUUUGUUGAUUGUUUGAUAUUUUAGUUCCUCCACGUAUAACAAGAGGUCCAAAUCAUACGACAAUAAAUGAAGGUGAAAACAUUACCCUAAUAUGUGACGCUAAAGGUCCACCAAAACCUAGAUUUACUUGGAGUAUUGUCGGUGAGAAAGUCUCAAUAAAAGAGAUCAUUAGUAAUAGCAAAAAUGAGUUGGAACUUAGAAAUGUGCAAAGUGUUGGUUACUAUAAUUUCAUAGUUACAUGUCAAGCAUCCAACAAAGGAGGAAGUAGUACAGUAAAUGCAACUGUAGAAAUUUUGGGUAAGUUUUUUACAACUUAAUUACAAGUAUAAACUUUUAAGUUUCCAGAUAUAGUUAGCUACAUUUCAUGCACUGACUUCUAUCAUGCAGCAGAUGGUGAUCAACUAGCGGAUUUCAUAGUGUUUCUUAUGUGAGAUCAACAUGCAGGUCGAAAAUGAGCAAAAUAGGUCCAAGCGUCCAUUCACAGGCCGGCUCACCAUGACUUGCCAGGUAACUCGUUGGUAUAUUUGCUAUGGUGCGAAGUAUAUAACACGUGUAUAGUACUUCGAUUGACCAUGCUGCUGUCAAUCACUUUAGUGAUGUUCAUUCUCUCACUCAUAAGAUUUGCCCAUCAGUAUAUAUUUUGUUCCAUUUUUUUGCAAUACCAGUUCUUUCGUUGGUUGCAUGACGAUAAACAGCGACGCACAAUAGAUACGCUGUUGGCUUUAGACGGGGGAUUGAUAGGGAUAUUGAUAUUGAGGGGAUUGAUAGAUAUAGGUUAUCAUAUAAGGGAUGAGGUGAUAUCAGUUUUAUCGCUCGAGGGAUGAUAUCACAAUUGUCACGAGCGAGCGCAGCGAGCGAGGGACAAUUGUGAUAUCGUCCCGAGAGCGAUAAAACUGAUAUCACCGAAUCCCGAGUACGAUAACCUAUUUAUUAUAUACUUGUACCUUUAUCAGGUUUGACACCCAAAAAUAAACAGUUUUGAAAAAAUAGGAUCAUUUUAGAAUUCAAAACAAUUCAUCAUUUACUGAACAAAUAUGAUUUUAGAAAAUAAAUAGACCAUUCAUAUAAAUAAUAUACAAUUUAAGUCUUUCAUUUUGUAUUAUCGUUCUUGUUUUCUUCGAUAAAUUGUCGACAUCAACCAACACGAACCUCGAGUCGGCCAUCUUUGUUUUGACAAGGCGCGAAAUUUAGCGGGACAAAAAACGAUAUCCGGGACAAGAAACGAUAUCCGGGACAAAAAACGAUAUCCGGGACGAUAUCGUUUUUAUGUCCCGCUGCUUCCUACCUGAUAAAGGUACAAGUAUGUGAUAAAGGUUGUUAUCGUCGAAGUUAUGCGAGAUGUAUGCGCGGUGUGUCAGCACACUCCUAUAUAUCUAUAUGGUCUCUUAAUGAGCGUGUUGUAGUAAUUAAAUCCAUAUCUAUACAAUUAUAACAUGGAAAGGCGUCCUUAUGUCAUGCAAUUUUCUUGCAACAACCAGAACCUAAAAGCAGAUGAUAAAUAUAGUCAUAUAGUUAAAUAUUUCCUUACAAACAGAAUCAAGAUGCAGUGAAUAUUCUAUCCUUUACUAUUAAUUUCUAGUAAAACCAAGGAUUAUUAACUUGACCGGAAAUCAAACUGCGCUGUUGUAUCACAACGUGACGUUAACAUGUGAAAUUUUGGCAAAUCCGCCUGCCCAAAUCUGGUGGACCAAAGAUGGUGACACGUCACAUCUCAACAAUGUCCAAUUUGCGAACGAUAACAAGACUCUGGUUAUUACAAAAGCUGUACUGGAUAACAUUGGAAACUAUUCAUGUCAUGCAAGCAAUAGUUCGACAAAUCAAAGUUUAACACUAAAUUUAAAAGGUAAUUAAGUGGAAUAAGAUAAUGCACAAAAAGCGCUACUGCGGUUGCAGGUGGGCGAAAACCGCCCUGUCUUUGACCUCGUAACCAGAGCUGUAUGCUUCCGCGAUUGGACUGGUUUGUUUUGCAAACCGAUUUGGCAGAACGAGUGUGAAAUGGCAAUUUUCGUUUGAAUAUUGAAUAUUGAAUAAAUAAGAUUUUUAACAUUUUCGCUCGCGAUACAGUAUACACAUUAUGGAAAACCAUUUGGUCGAAAUAUGAAUAUUAAUUUUGCUUCGGUUGAACAUACAUUUCUCAAAUAAAGAGUCUAAUACGAAUAUAUUUGUUCAAAGCAUGAUCUAUAUAGUUUAAAAUACUCAUUAAAAAUUCAUAAACCUAGCUUGUGGCAAAUCAUGUCAGUCAUAAUAUGUCACGUGGAGUGACUUUAUAUCUGAUAAAACUCAUCUUCAUCAGUAUUCUUUAUAUAAUUGUUCAUCCUAAUUAGUAUGAUUAUAUAAUUGUUCAUCCUAAUUAGUAUUCUUUUGUAGUCGCAUUUUAAGCUAUUCAAAACACUCGAACUCGCGUUUUAUCAUAUCUAAAACGCUAGGCUGCGCCUCGCGUUUUAAAUAUGAUACAACACUCCUUCUCGUGUUUUAAAUACUACAUAAUGCGGUUUCGUUAUUGCAUUAUAUAUGGAACCAUGCAGGCUCUGAAUUUGGUUGAAAGUCAUCAAUAUUGACUGGAAAAUGUUGCCGUAUUGUUGCUUUGUCUCUUUUGAUUAUAUACGUGGCAUUGAGUGUGUUUACUCCUGUCUGUAAUGUGCAAAUUUUUGUCUAUGCAUUUCAGAUAAAUUAUCAUACUAUACUCAAAAUUUAGUAUGCCCAGUAAGUGGCCAGCCGAAGUCAGGGUCUUUUUAACUCAUUAUUGGCGGAAGCAAAAAGUCCCCGUUGCGGCUAAAUUCUUAAAAUCGGAAUACUUGAGGAUACUUUGCGGCGUAUAAAAUUGUCUUAAAUACUAUGUUUAACAGCACUACAAAACACGCUCGUUAAAAAAACCCAGUUCUUUUCGGACAAAAUUUAUUAUUUUCAAAGGGGGGCCUUCUAUCGCAAACAACUCUUUGCCCCUCGUAGGAGAAUUCUUAGGCUCAGAUUCCAGCCGUUGUGUUCUCGCCACUCGCCCACUUAACGGCUGGGUCAAUGGUUAAUAUUUCUUGUCUGUGACGUCAAGGUUAAUAUUUAAAUUUAUGCAUAUGUUUUGCAUAAUUAUGUAUUUCUGUGCAAUGUAAAAUGGCGGCUGUCAGGAGCGAACAAUUUUGUUUCGAAGAGGAAAUAGCAAAUUUUAACAACUUUGUGCAUUCAUCGAUAACUUUUUUUGUAAAGGAAAACAAAAUGGAAGCUUUUAAGUUCAUUUGACAAAAUGUUAUUAAGUUCUAGUAUGUUUUUAACGAAGACAGGAACUGCAAUGUACACGAGUCAAUGAAUAGUAUAUAUCUAAAUAGUAAAACAAUAAACUCUACCAACAAAAGCAGGUGAAUCUGAAUAAUUAACGUCUUAUUUCAAACAAAUAGUUUUUCAAUGAAUAUUCUUUGAAGAGGAACAUAAAUUUAAUGUUAAUAUUUGAGUUGUUUAUAGACUAUAGUUAUACGUAAUGCAAUUUUACUCUUUGUGAUUAAUAUCUAAAUAUUUUCUUUAUGAUCGAUUUUGUUCGAGGUACAGUGAAGGAACUACGUCUUUUAUAGACCAAACAAUAGUCUGUCAAGAUAUGAUCAUUAUGAUGGUCUGGAAGCCUGCAAACUUCAAAGCUACAAAAUAGAAGACCUAGUGUUUGAUGUUGAACUGUACCUUACUGUGCACCUUCAUAGAUUUGGUUAAACAGUCUUUAGAUGUAGCAAGAAUAUUUGAAAUUUAAAAUGUUCUUGGCUUUAUUUCAGUGUUGCAUAAGUUGUCUGUACAAAUGGAGGCCGGGUGUGCUCAUCGACCCAUAUAUGGUUCAGUGUAUGACUGUUGACCAAGUCAGUAAUCAUUUGUAGCUACACACAGCAGUGAGGGGUAUUAUUGUGGUAAUGGUGACAGGAUAUUGCCUUUCCAAAUUGAAAAAAAAUGAUUUGAUGAAAUAACCCCCCCCCCCCACCUUACACCCCUUUGCCAAUGUUAAGGGGGGGUGCAUCCCCGUGGCAGUAAAUACAUCCAGGGAUGGAUCCAGCAUGAUCUGGUAGGGGGGUGCUCUGCCAGCUCUGGUGCCGAGAUGUGUCGGUCAUGUGUGCCACCCGCCCAUCAACUUGCUUCACUACUGCAAAGUACUGCUUGACUACUGUAUUUAAAUUGUAAUUGCUGUUCACAUUUCACUUAUCAUCAUGUUAUUACUCAAAUUACUGUAUGUCAUUUUGUCUCUAAUAACUUUUUGCUUUAUCAUGAAAAAUAGCACCCCCCCUGCACCCCCAUCCCUGAAUACAUCUCUGCAGGAAUGCAAGAAGAAUUUGGCUUCUAUUCCCCCAUGAAAACUUAAUCCCCCAUGCCAGGAUAAUUUUGGUGUUUAACAUUUUGAUAUUUUCUAACUAAAGUGUUACUGCAACAAAUUUUCUGAACCCUUGUUUAUUAGCUUAAAUAAAUAUUCAAUCUUUCAGAACUAGCAAUUUAUCAUGCUUUGUCAUUCUCAGUCUGGCUUUCAUAUGAACAGCCGAUAAAAACACACAUUGACAUGACAACUAUCCUUUUCUUAAUACCAUACUGACAAGGUUUCCAAAACUCAGCCUGAGGGCUGAGAGCAAACAUAUUUGAGCUUGUUGAACAGACUAAAUGCAUAUUUCACUGAUGUAUGAAUUUAUAAAACAUUGCAUACUUUUAUUCCAUAAAUCCUCUACUUAGGCUAUCCAACAAGUCCCAUUCUUUGCCCCUUCACAACAAAGAAACACAUGAUACCAAUUGGAUUUAUUUAUUGCCCUUCAAAUAACUAUGUGCCCACAUUUAUUCAAUUAGUAUUCAUGGUAAAUCAUAUUGUCAAUACUGUAUAUAAAAUAAUAUUGAAUUUCUUGUGCUUGCCUGUAAUUAGCAUAUAUGAGCACACUUAUAUAUAUCAGUUUCAGUUCACAAAUUACCUGCCCAGUCUAAAAAAUACUGUCAAAUGGCCCAAACUAGCUUGUGGGAGAUCUAACCAUGCAAGCCUAUUAUUACCUAGCCAUGGGCUCCAUGAAAGGGCCUGUUUAUAAAAUCCCAGCUAGGCAGGAUGAGGCAGUUUCCAAGAUCCUGACUAUCAUAUCAACUCAUGUUCAAAAAUACAUGUAUAUAUUUGAUGAACUCACUCAUGAACAUGUAUAAACAUGACAUCCUAGCUGCCUGGCAAGGUUUCCCACUUUCCCACCUGACAGGAUCAUAUAAACAUGUCUUAAUAUCAAUUAAAAUAAGCCUUUUAAAUACUGCAAUAUCCUACAUACUAAUAUACUAUAUGUCACAAGACUUUGCAAAAUAACAUUUUCUACUUUCUUGGUAAUAUGUCAGACCAGCCCAAUAAUAAACAUAUCCAGGUUUAUUGUAAAUAUAAUUGUAAAUGUCCAACUGAAUCAGCAGAAACAGGGAGGGUUUCAAAGGACUAGGCCACCUAGCUAACUAAGCUAAAAAAAAGAAAGGUUAUUAAUUUUGCUCAGCCACACGCAAAAUAUUCUUUACCCUUUCAUGACCAAGAAUCCUCAAUGAGAUAUAUUAUUUAUAUUAAAUACAAUAUAAAAAUAUGCAACGGAUUCGAAAAUACGAAAACAUUCCAGCGACUAUUAUUCGUAGAGAGACUUCGGUUCGUGUCGUAAAAAUCGUCGGAAUUACUCUUCCCCAAAAAAUGUCGCUUUAACCCAUGUAGUUCACGUAUAAAUAUCAUUGAACAGAUCUUUUUAAGUGCACAUAUUUGCACAACGCCGACCUCGAACGCUUCAGCAAUGCGCUUUAGCCAUAUUUAAUUUAUUACCUUUGUGUUAAAUUUAUGCAUUAUUAAUACAAAUUUAUGCCCCCAAAUUUUGGGGGGCUGUAAUGUGAUUGGUCAAUCAGAACAAUGCCGAAGCUCAUUGACCCAGCCGUUAAGUGGGCGAGUGGCGAGAACACAACGGCUGGAAUCUGAGCCUAGAGAAUUCUUGGCGCCACCACUGUGGUGUAGUGUGGUAACCUACAGAUCGAGUCACGAGUCGAGUCACUCAAAGACACGAGUCGAGUCAUUUCAUUAUAUAAUCGAGUUGAAUCACCUCCAGUCGAUGACUCCAAUUCGAGUCCAUGCAUAGCUGGUCAUCAAGUUGAGUCAGGGAAUUUGAUCAAGUCCACCCACACUUUCUGUCAUGUUUGGGACCCCCAGCUUGCGGUCUGUUAAUUUUUCAUUUUAAGCCAAUUACUUCAGUCAUUUAAUUACAAUACUAGCUAGGCUUGAACAUACAUUUCUUAUAAUGAAAAUAUUUCUAUCUUUCAGCACGUCCAAAGACUUACAUUGUUGGAGAAGAAAUUAGGAAGUUGAGGCAAGGACAAAGGAAUAGUAGUAUAGUUUGUUUUGGUUAUGGCUAUCCGAAUCCUAGAGCAACCUGGAAAAUAAACAACACAGAAAUCCCUGAAGACUCGAAUUCAUCUAUUGGCAGUGGAAUAUACCAGUCUAGAUCCACCAAUGACUUGGUGUUACAAAAUGUUACCAGUACAUUAUUUUUCAACCAAGAUGGAAGCACUUUUGAUGAUUUUGGAAACUACACGUGCGAAGUUUCCAUCGAUGCAGCACCAGACACUGACUCUGCGAACACGAAAGUUAUAUGUAAGUUAUAUUGAUUUAGCUUGAUCAUUUAAAUUUGCUAAAAAUACAACAGACAUUUCCAAAAUAUAUUAGUUUAAAGCAUUCAUUGUAUUUUCAUUCCUAACUAUUUCUCCAUAUUGUGAAAAAUUUUUAAAAUGUUCUUCAGUUUUGUCGCUACGACCAAUGUUUGUCAGGAACCAAGAUCUCGAGAUUCCACUGCUUUUCUAGGUUUAUGAGAGUGUAAUGGUGGGACUAUCACAUCAGUUAAUUGCAUACUAGUUAAUUAAUUAUUUCCGUAGUAUCAUAUCUAUAUAUUAUCUUUUGUAUAGUUUACCCUAUUAUUCUAACUCAACCAAACAAUAAAACAGAUUUACAAGGCAAGAACGUGCGUUUCGACUGCGAAGUUGAUGGUAGACCGAAACCUUUAGCAUUAUGGUCGUUCAAUAACCAAUCUGUCACAACCAACCACAGCAAGUUUUCCAAUGGCGGUCUACUUUUAUAUUCUGUUCAAAAUAACGACUUGUACGAAGGGAGCUAUUCAUGUUUCGCUGAAAAUGAAGCUGGUCGAAGUGAGAAAUCAACAAGUUACCUUACAGUACAUGGUAGGUUUUUUGGAAUGAAAAUUUGAAUGAUUAUAUAAGUUGGGUAGUCAUAGACAGUAUCCCGCCACUUACAAUCAAGUAUUAACGUAUUCAUAUACUGCACAUAACACAAUUUGCAAAAGUUUUAGAAAUUUCUCAUCGAAUUUUCAUCUAAAUCGAAGCUAAAAUUUGUCCUUGGCCUACGACCAUUAAUUCCGCGAUUGUCCGUAUUAAACAGUUCAAAUAUUUGUUUAGUUUAUACCCUGCAUUGUGACGAAAAAACACAAACAAAUAAACCGUGCCUUAAUACUAAAUAAUAUAUGUUUGUUUGCAGUGCCUGCCAAAAUAUUGAAAAUAUCAGAAACUAAAGUACACCAACUCAAGGACAACGUAACGUUAACAUGCAAUGUUUCUGGUGAUCCACGCCCGAGUAUUUCCUGGACAAAAGCAAACUAUUCAAGUCCAUUAACACCUCCCAAGUUUCAACUGUCAAAUUAUAACCAAUCACUGACAAUUAUGAAUGUCCGUCUGCAAGAACAAGGAACGUAUAUUUGCAACGCAUCGAACAAUGCAAAUAUGCCACAGUCAAACGAAAUGUUACUGUGAAUGUUGAAGGUAUAUAUGUUAUUUUUCUCAGCACAGGCUCUUAUGUCUACACAGGCUGUAUUGAAUAAUAAUCGGUAAAAUGGACAAAUAUUUUACGAUGUCAAAAUAAAAUAAACUCUUGAGAGAUUAUCUGCACUCCUGCCACUCCACUGCCCAUCCCACAGUUCUACCUUUCUCCAUUGUUGUGGCCGUACCAAUUUAUCAUAUCUUCUUCCCCAGCUUCACCGUCACAGUUCUUCCCUUAUAUCUUCGUCCCCCGUUCUUUCUCGACUUGUUCUCAUACAGUACCUUGCAGACCACUUAUCUCCAGUACUUACAGUUUCUACACUUUUUCUUUAUUUAAAGCCCACGUCUCUGCACCAUAAGGAUGAUCACUGAUCUUACAAUGAGUUACCUUCGUCUACUAAAGGGUAUCAACGUAACAAUCUCAUGUGUUUUUCAUUAUAGUUAGUCCUGAAGCUGAAGUGAACACUUCAUCAGCAAUAUAUCUUAAUAGUACUGACGGACAAACAGUCAUUCGUUGCCGUGGUAGAGGAUAUCCUCCUCCAGUUGUCAGUUGGUUCAGGGAUGGAAAAAGAAUAAAUACCAACAGUUCUUCAGACGUCUACCAAGAUUUUGGUACAACUGUAUCCCACAGAUUUCUUGGAUGGAUAUCAACAAUUCUUUACGUCAACCCAGACGCCACCCACAGUCAGUUUGGAAAUUACACUUGUAAUGCAAAAAAACUGAAGGAUAAUAAAGAAAAUGAUCUUGAAGUUGUCGAAAUUGUUCGUAAGUAUUCUAUGCCUGAAUUGUUCGUAAGUACCUUUGCGCACCAUGACAUAUAUUACAGAACUGAACUAUUUUAUUUCUGUAAAGAAUGAAACUUUUCUAUUUAAAUUUUUCCGAGUAAACGAUAGUUUGCUCGAAAAUUAUCAUCAAUCUAUAGUAUUUGUUUCAGUCAACAUACACUAAGAUAACAAUAUAAAAUUCGAAUGUUUGUGUAUAAUACAACUACUUGAAAAAUACAAACAUUUUUAGGUUGUUGUAUAAUCUACAAAAAUUCGCAGUUUGUAUUCCUUGCUGCUUACAUUGUCACUUAUCGUUCGGGAGAUAAGAAUAUCGACGUUCUGGUUCCUGUCUUGCUCCGUAUUUUUUUAUAAAUUAAUUUAUGUUAUAUGUGACGGGUUUGUUAUGGCCAUUAAGCCCUCUAGAUGCUUUCAUAUUUUUUAUAAGCUAAUAUCUUUUUGAUAUUUGACUUUUAGACAAUCUGAACUGUCGUGACAUUCUCCCAGAGCGCCUCUCGCCAUUGGUUUUGAACUUUUAGUCAGGGGGGUUGGGAACUUCUUUUUUCUAGUUGCUCGAUGCUCACGUUUAGUUGAGUAUAGUCUCUUUUUAUGACAAAAAGCUACAGAAUAAAGGCGUUUAAAUCUUUCUCUUAGUUUAAUUUAAUGGUUUAUUGCUUGUACAACACGGCUACUAGAUACAUAUCACAAUAUUUUACAAAGCCUGAUUCUGUUUCAUCUAAAUCACAGAAGUGCACAGCAAAUGAAUUUGUAAUUUCCGUGCUCGACAUGCUGUUAAUUUGUUUGUUUAAGAUAUUAACUUCGUUUGCAAACUCUAUUCGAAGACAGGUCAUAAGAAGAAUUGAUCCAUUAAUCAAUUUCCAUAUUUACAUAUAGAAAUCUUUAGUAUACUCAUGUUAUGUUUAAUAAUUUUAAAAUUGAAAUAUAUUUCCAGACCUAAAAUAUUUCCAACUUGACAUCUUUGAUACAUUUGCCGGUUUCUGUCAUCUUUCCCGACGGAAUUUUUCCUCUAAAUUUGCCAAACUUUUAUAGACAAACUUCAAAUUAAUUCUUUUUCUCUUUUUUUCCUUAGCCCUCCACUUUUAUUUAUUUUCUUUGGGGAGGCGGCUAUAGCCUUUCUCCCCGUUCCCUCGCCUAUGCCCAUUGGUGUUUAGACCUUUAUCUUCUAUCAAAAACUUAUUUUAAUAAAUUUUCUGUUUCAUUCGAUCAUUGUAGUGGUCCCUAAAGUUUCUAUAACUAAAACUCCUAACACGAGCAUAGCGUUGCAAGGUACAAACGUAGCCUUCACAUGUAGAACGGACGGAUCUCCAAAGCCAACAAUAGCCUGGAGUAGAGUUAAUGGAACUAUUUCAACGACGAAGUCUUCAGAAAUAACUUCUGAAGGAAAAAGCGUUUUGAUAUUAACAAACGUGACCAUGCUCAUAACAAAGGAAAACCUGUUAAAAAGCAAGUCAGUUUAAUUGUUCAUGGUAAGCGCAGUACAUGCCAGUUUUAUUCCUUUUCAGUUGCUCGCAGCCAACAUUUUAUAUCACGAAAAUGAUUUCUUUGUACAGCAAGUUAUUUAUACUUGCAAGUGAUGAACCAGGCGGGAAUCGUAAUCGUAGUAUAAAGAUUAAUGCCAUGCAUAACGUACGCAAAAGAGCCAUAUAGACAAUAAUAUUAUGUCUAUAUUAUUGUCUAUAUGGCUCUUUUGCGUACGUUAUGCUAGGCAUUAAUCUUUAUACUAAGUUAUUUAUGCCUUUUAUUUCUAUUACGAUUUAAAUGGAUUAUAUUUCCCUCCAUUUCUCAAAUGAUACUGUAUGUUUUUACAUGGCCAGCGCGUGGUUGAAAAGAUAGUUUUAUGAAAUUUGUUUUUGUUUAUAUGUUUCCUCAUUAUCACACUAACAACUCCUUUUUGGUAACUCAGACAAUAUUGAAUUUUAAUCAAACCUUUUUUUCUAAAUACCAGAAGCAAAGAGUCUAUCAUAUACUUUUAGUGAUCAUGUGAUUUAUUCGUUUCACGUGUUAAUAAAUCCGGACAAAAUUGAAAGGGAAACUUUUGAAAAAGCAGUUGUGUGUAGUGCUCACUUGUAGGGCUCGUAUGGUAUUAAGUUCUUUGUAGGUUUGCAUGGCGAUAAAACAUAUAGUAUUAUCAGUGUUGUGGAAACAUCAGUACGUAAAUUUAUUAUAAAUCAGGGCCGUAGGAAGCUCUUUUCGAUUAGGGGGGGGGGCUGAAAGCGAGGGCCUAAGGUCCGAGGAAAUUUUUGAAAAAUUUGGAGUCUCUGAAAUACCAUUUCCUGGACUUUGGGGAAGAUUUGACAGAAUUCUGAUAGUCAGAAAAGUUAGAAAACAGCGUUUUAGUCAAUCUCGUACCCAGAGCAAUGCGCGGGCUAGGAUGGCAUUGGCUCUGGGGAAAUUGAAUUUUUCCUGUGCUGUGAUUGGUUUAACGUUUGUCAAUCGUGCAUGCCGACAAAGAACCGGAACCCCUAAAUUUAGGGGUUCCGGUUGUCAAUGUCCCCAGAGCCAAUGCCAUCUUAGCCCGCGCACAAGCAUUGCUCUGGGAACGAGAUUGCGUUUUGGUAUGUUGAAAUUUACAAUUUAGUAGUACUAAAUGGGUGAAGGCGUGUUUAAUUAACUAUAUAUUGAAUAAGUUGCAGGAAAGUAUGGGUAAUAUCUUCAUUCUUUGCAGUUUGUCACGGAUUAAAUGAUAAAGGUCUGCAUGAUUUUGAAAAAAGAAUGAUUAUUAGCAAAUUAUGGGGGAGGGGGCGACUGCAGCCCCCUAGCACCCCGGUUGCUACGGCCCUGUAAAUUUAUUUAAAUGAUUUACGUAAAUUUAUUUUUCGUACAGUAUUGUUGUUCAUGAGUACCAGGGGCUUUUAAGAAUUUGUCAGUGGGCUGGGGAGGGGGGAGGCAUUCCCAGAAAGGGAUCCUACUAUACUGAGUGCGGAGAGAUAGCAGGUAGCUGUCGGUGACAAAAAGUUCGGGGGGGAUGGUAUGUAAUAUGGGGGCAUGGCGACAUUAUCUCCCAGAAAAUGUUCGUAUUCUUCCACCCCUAGGACCACAUUUGGUGCGUUUCCUGAAAUAGACUUUUGGAUAUACAACGUUACAUUAUAUUGCAUGGCAUGCAAAACAAGGUCACUAACUUGUUUAGCCUAUCCUUGCAACAACUCCAAUCUAUAGGGUCUGGGAUAUGCUAUCCACUGGUAAUUUUUAAAAUCUAGAUCUAAGGUAUUUACAACACAAAGUUUAACGUUGAUGGUCCGUCCCUUACUAGAAUAUUAAAUCGCUCUUCUAAAUUCCUUUUUCCUUCCAAUAUUUUGGUUAUAUUUUAGAGAAAAGGAACUUGACUGGGGGGGGGGAGAAGAAAAUUGUUGACUGGGAGGUGGGCUUAGGAAAGGGGACUUUGGGUCCCUCAGUCAUAGUCAUAUAGUUAAAAGAUAAGUACUAUAUACAGUAUUUGCUUCAUUAAAUCACUCAUUCGCCUUUUGUCUUCUUCGGUUCCAGCCAUUGAAAUUAAUAUAACUGGAACGCUACUUCCAACCGGAAAUUUGAAGCCAAACUUGAUUACCUGAAGGCCAUUCCCAUUCUUUUCACGCAUGCGAAAAUCGCUUAAUCAGACAAUCAUGAUAUAAACACGCGGGUUUAGACCCGCGUGUCUGGGGUGGGGGGUUCAAGAUUUUGCUUCGGGAAAAAAGAUAGGCAGUUUAUCCGAACUCGGUGGCGUUCCACUUCCAAUUCUAUUUAUUUCAAUGGUUCCUGCACGGUUUACCACUCACAAAUUGCAGACAAGGCCUGGUUACAUUGGUCUACAUAAUUUCUGGGGUUUUUUUUUCAGUUAAACCACGAGUAUUGCAGAAUUUGAAAGAAGAUUAUGUUCAAAACGGCAUUUCAUAUAAGCUCAACUGUAGUGCUUAUGGAGAUCCUGCUUUGAAAUAUUCCUGGACUAUAAAUGGCAACCAAAACAUCUCGAAUGCUAUCCCAUUCAAUGGAGAUAAAACUCUACAUAUUAAUCCAGUAACAAUUGAAAAUGAAGGAAUAUAUAAAUGCCUGGUCACAAAUAUUGAAGGAAAUGCGUCAACGACAGCAAGUAUAACAGUAUUUGGUGAGUUUUGUGUGCGUUUUUUAUGGUAAUUCUUUAUACAAUAAUACUAGCUAGACAGACAGCGGGAGCUGUGCGGUGCCGUAAGCUUAAUAAUAUGGUAUAACAAUUACAUAUAGGUUAUCAUGUUAAAUUGAAAACAAAAGAAAUAUUUUAUAUUUUAUCAGGAAAAAUUUGAAUUGCGUCAUCAAUUUAUUUAAAUAAAAACCAAGAACGAUUAUCUAUUUCUUAUAACAUCUUCAUUUUUAGCUCGCCCUUCAAUUAUGAAUUCUCCUAUGGAUCAAACACGCAACGAAACCGACAAUGUAACAUUUUCAUGUGGUGGUAACGGGAUUCCAAUCUCUGAUAUUAUCUGGACGAAAGACGGUCGAGGUAAAAUAACAACCUCAGAAAAAUAUCACAUCAAAAAUACUAAAGAACUGUACUUCCGAACAUCUCGCUUAACAAUAAAUAAUCUGACAUAUGCUGACAGAGGAAACUAUUUGUGCACAUUGAAGAACAGGAAAGAUGAGGAUGUUGAAACUGCAGUGUUAGUUGUUCAGGGUAAGAGUUCAAAAUACAGUAAACGCUGAUUGAUUUUGGAUUGAGCUUUACUUACACUACUAAACAUGUGUUGUUGUUUUUUUAUUCAUUGCUGUAUAUGGAAGCAAUGCUUCCGGUGAAAUGGAGCGCUGUGAUUGGCUGAGAACGAUCAUGUUCGUGUGAUAAACCAAUUCGCUAUGUAAACAUGCAUGUCAGGAAAUAACUACUACGUUCCAUUUCUUUCUUUUCUAGUUCGCCCGGUUGUAUUAAGUAUUGACCUUAACUCACUGAGCGUGAAUAUUACUGAACCUGUUACAUUUACUUGUGAAGUUUAUGGUUUUCCCCAACCUCAAGUAUCAUGGAUAAAAAAUAGUCAGGAGAUAAAGAACAAGUUCCACUAUAAUACGUCUAGUCUUUAUGGAAAUGGUUCAAACUUGAUUUGGUAUAGUUAUCUUCAAAUUGAAAACGUCGAACGAGAUGAUACUGCGAAUUACAGCUGUUUUUUGAAAAAUGCGGCUGGAACUGAUAUUACUAACGCAUCACUUGUUAUAUUAGGUAACUUUUAGCGCUUUGAGUAAUUUUCUACUGCUAAUCUUUUUGAAACGACUCGAUUCUACACAUUAAUAUAUGAGGCCAAAAAUACGACCACUUCGUGAAGUUGUCCUUGAAAGCAAUUUGAAUACGUUCUUUCUUAUUCUGCUUUGGACCAAUAUAUGUCUUUUAGAUGGGUUUCAGUGCAAGAGUUUCAAGCAUCUCCCCAGUAAUAGACAGAGCGAUAUCGUUACACUUAAGUGAAUUUUAACAAAGCAGAAGCAAAUUAUGAACAUGUAUUAGUACAUGUGCACAGUGUAUUACGAGCAUAUAUUCCACUGUAAAACUAAAUCAUUCAAGUAAUCUUUAAAUAAAAUGAACAAAUUCUUGAAUAAUUGAUUACGCGAAGGUCACAUGUCCACCUUUGUCUUUCUUGAUAUACAAGGAUUAACUUUCGCUAAGCUGGUCUUUAAUAACAUACCCCAGAGUAAUUCCAUCAAUUUAUCAUUACUGUAUGUUUAAUGUUUACAUCUAGAACGUCCGGAUCCACUCAACGUAUCAAUCAAGAACGUCACUUCAAGGUCAGUGGUCGUAGAAUGGAAGGCAAAUUUCGAUGGUAACAAGGAUAUCUUACGCUAUACUCUGACGUAUUUAAUCAACGGAAGUGAAUCAAGUACAACAAAGCAAAAGAUGCUUUCCUCAAAUGUGAUGUCAUACAAAGUGACGUCAUUAAAACCUUACAGCACCUACAUCUUUGAAAUGACAGCGACCAAUGAAAUUGGUGUCAGUGAUAUUUCUUCUAAAUCUGUUGAUACUUUACCAGACAGUAAGUAA